AUAAUCGUAUGACACGCAGAGAGAAAUUAAGUAAUUAAGAGAACUGUGUUGUAUAUAUAUACACGAUUUUAUUUUAAUCAUAACAGAAUCAAAAGCUACUCCGAUAUCUGUUCAUCAUGAAAGUAUUUUGUUUGUAUUAUAUCGCAGCCUUACUGGUCACGGUUGCAAACGGCCAGUGUCUCGGUCGCGAACCACUCUUACCGACAGGUCUUAGUCCAGGCUGGGCCGGUUUCGAUAGUUCUGUACCAUUCGACUUUGGAUUCGGCGGUCCAGGGAUUGGCUUCAAUACAUUCGCACCUCCAAACGGCUUAGCAGCUUCUUAUGGCGGAGGACUAACAGUUACCAGUUCCUCCCCCAUUGCUCCAACAGGAUUGACAGUUACUUCUGAAAAUACUAUCGAAGGCACGCUGUCUCUUACCGGACAGCUACCAUUCUUAGGUGCUGUGUCUGCCGAAGGUAAAUUCCCUUCUGUUGGCGUCGGAUCUGUAACUUAUGGAUGUGGAGACGGUAUUAUUGGUAUCACCGCAGAAAACCCAGUCAUUCCCUUAGCUUCAGGAUACGGAAAUCUUGGUGUUCCAUACAAUAGCAGAGGUUAUGGUCCAGUUUAUUAAUAUUGGUUUGUUAAGUUGUCACAACUAAUUUAGAUUUGUAAGAAUUUUGUUAAUUUUUCUUAGAUGACAGAUAAUUUAAGAUACUAGUGAUUAUUUAUAAAAUAUUCGUAAUAAAAUUUUAUUUUAUUUAAAAA